AUGUUUGCUUCUAGUAGGACUGCUGGGAUGCGAGGUUUCAGCGCCAGCCGGAGUAUGUGUUUAUGGGCUGCGUUGGCGGUGUUGUUGGCGAUGGUACUAACGGCUUGGCCAGGUGCGUAUAGAUUCAAGAGGUGGCAAUACCGGAGCUUCUUCUCGGGGCCUAGUGGUCAGGGCCAAAGUGGGGGAUCUGCGGGCUUCAAUUACAAGUACGCGGUAGCGUACCAGGCGAAGGAUCGUAGUGACAGCCUUUACGCGGGCCUCGAUGUAGACUCGCCUACUGGCGAGGACAACUAUUUUCUCAGCGCGCGUAGCACGAGCGACCUGUAUGCGGGCGUUGCAGACGGCGUUGGGGGAUGGGUUGAACAUGGCCAUGACUCCAGUGCAAUCAGCCGCGAGCUGUGUGCGGCGAUGAGCGAGUUCGCGAUGCUCACAAAGGACAACCGGUCGUUCACGCCCAAGCAGCUUAUAGAUAUGGCAUACUCCAAGAUUAAGCAGGAGGGUCAGGUGAAGGCCGGCGGCACAACCGCAAUCGUUGCGCACUUCCCUCCUAGCGGCAAGCUUGAGCUGGCCAACCUUGGCGACUCCUGGUGCGGGGUCUUCAGAGACUCUAAGCUUGUUUUCCAAACAAAGUUCCAAACAGUGGGGUUCAACGCCCCCUACCAGCUCGCCAUCAUACCAAAAGACCUGGCGAAGGAAGCUGCCGGAAGAGGUAGCUCAUAUAUCCAGAACAAGCCCAGCGACGCCGACGAAUAUCAAUUUCAACUAAAGUCGAAUGAUGUUAUUGUCUUGGCCACAGAUGGUGUCACAGACAACAUAGCCACUGGCGACAUGGAGCUGUUCCUGGGUAACAAUGCAAAUGCGACGGACCUGCAGCAGGUUACGCAAAAAUUUGUGAAUCAGGUGGUAAACCUAAGUAAGGACUCCUCUUUCCCAAGUGUUUUCGCGCAGGAAAUCUCAAAGUUAACCGGAAAACAGUACUUAGGUGGAAAAGAGGAUGACAUUACCGUCGUAGUGGUUAGGGUCGACUAG